UAAAACACAACACCAAAAAACAGACAACAUUUGUUAAAAACUAGAAAACAAAAGAAAAGUUAUAAUUAACACGGGUGGAGGAACAGAACCACACUUUAUCCCUUGGCGUAGCCGAGAAAUCCUUGGUUCUGCAGAGGACCAUAGUUCCUGGGGAGCUGCAGGCUGAUCCACUAACCGCCAUGUACCAGAACCAGUUCAUCUACUCCCGCGAGAGGCGUCGCUUCGGGCGGCAGUGCUGCUUCCAGGACCGCAACGAGCUGAUGGUCAGCGUGCAGCCGAGCGGCCGCCAGCGGCUGAAGUACGUCAUGCGGAAUCCCGCGGCGCAGGCCACCCAGCUGAGUGGCCAGAUGGCGCUCACGGUCAUGGAGACGGAGAACGUGACCCUCGACCAGCACGGGAUGUACCACAGCGAGGGCGGGUGGCCCAAGGAGGUGAAUCCCUGGGACGAGGAGCAGACGCAGCGGCACCGCAAGAAGGUGGAGCGCGAGGAUAGCUGGGGUGAGCAGGUCCUGGACAUGAUUCGCAGCACAAUGGCCGUGGCGGAGCAGAACAACACCCUGAAUAUCUACCAGAACUUCUUUGCCGAUCUGCCCGCCGAUUUGGCCCACGACAUUCGGAUGAGGUUCCGUGCGCGGGUGGCCAAUGUCUUCCACGAUCUCUGGCUGCCCUCACGCCACCUGAACUCCAUCGAGUGGAUGCCCAACAAUGAACGCCAGUUCAUGGCGCAGUUCACCAAUCAGUUUGGCAAGGAAGAGCGCCUCCGUUUGGUCACCGAUGAGCCAGUUGGCGAUAUGAACUCCUUCUACGUUUGGAAUGUAAAGAAUCCCCUGAAGCCGAAGAUCUCCUUCGACAGCCGGGAGCCAGUGUCGCUGGCCAAGAUCUGUCCCAAGGAUGAGAAUAAUAUGGUGGGGGGCACUGGACUGGGGCAGGUCUGCCUGUGGAGCACCUUCAAGGGCGGCAUGCCGGUGCGCAAUUGCCCCCUGGAGGUGUCCCACCGGGAGACCACCUCGGCCCUCUGCUGGGUCCACUCCAAGUCCAACACGGAGUUCUACUCGGGGUCGCUGGACGGCUCGAUCAAGUACUGGGACACCAGGGACCUCAAGAUGCCCAUGCAGGAGCUGCUCCUUGAGCCGGAGCCGCAGGAUCGCCAGUCGCGCCAGUCGCGCAUGGAUUCGCACGGGGUGACGGUGCUGGAGUUCGAGUACACCAUCCCGGUGCGCUUCAUCAUUGGCAGCGAUAUGGGUCAUGUGUUCGUGGGCAACCGCAAGGGAAUGACGCCCACGGAGACGCUUCUGGCCAACUACAAGCUAUUUGCCGGUCCGGUGAGGAGCAUCAACCGGAAUCCCUUCUUCGUGAAGAACUUCCUCGUCACGGGAGAUUGGCGGGCGAGGAUCUGGUCGGAGGAGGCCAAGGAUGCACCGUCGACCAUGUAUUUCCGGAAGAAGACACAGAUCACCUGCGGAGCCUGGAGCACUGGUCGCUGCUCCCUGUUCGUGACUGGCGAUAUGAACGGAGUGGUGGACUUCUGGGAUCUCCUGCUCCACCAGCGGCUGCCCAUUCUCUCCGUUGACUUCAAGGUUGCGAUUGCGGACGUGGUCUUCCGGCCGAACGGGGAUCUGCUGGCCAUCGCCCUCCAGAACGGCGACAGUCACAUCCUCACCUUGGACGAGUCCAUGCGACAGGCGACGGGCAAGGAGAAGGCGCUCAUGGCAGCCAUGUUCGAGCGUGAGAUCGUGCGUAGCAAACUUUUAGAGGCCCGCUAUGAUGAGGUGAGGCUCAAGCGGAAAACCCUCUUGAUGGCCGAGGAGGAUCGUGUGCGGCAGGAGCAGAGUAUGGCACCUGCUCUCGAGCUGGAUCCCGACAAUCCCGACCAGUUUGUGAAGAUGAUCGAGGGCGAUGAGGAAUUCCGCACGGCCAUCAGUGAGUUCCAGGAGAUGAUACUCAGUGUGGAGAGAAAGCGCUCCAAGAGGCAGGUAAAAAUGGAGCGCACGGUCUUCGAGGAAUGGAAUCCGGCAGAUGAGAGGCUCCAAGGGGAACCGGUUAUAUACACACGACCCGAACCGAAGGUUCAGCUUUUAGGGAACCUCGAUAAUAGGCACUCUUCAGAGCCAAGGAAUUCCCAAGGAUCAGCCAGAUUUAAAUGAAAUGUAAUACGAAAAAAUCAUAUUGAGAAACUCACA